UAGGCUACUGAAAUAGGUAUCUAAGGUGGCUGGCAGUACUUCACUGGACGAACUAUUUGACAAAGAGCUCUACUGCUAUCAAAAACCUUCUAGUCGCCGAAGGCGUCUUCAAAUUGGAAUAUUAAAAUCUUUGUUCAUAGUUUCCAGGUGAUCAUCCUAAGACAUGAUAAUUGUGCUUCUAUGGCUUCUUCUGUGGACUAAACAUGGCCGAGGCAGCUAUGAUUGCCAGGAGAUGAUAAACAACGCGCAAGCCACCCCACGGGCCGAUGUCGAACUCCCCGUACAGCUGGAAAACGACAAGUAUUCUGGAUGUUGGUGCAGGAGCAACGAGGAAUAUGAUAUUAUUGUUUGUUUUGGAAGUUACGAAUGCAAGAAGUUCCCUCAGCUUAGAAACCAUAGCAGCGUAUUAAGAGUACGGACAACAGUUAUCGAAAGAAUACUCAUAGGAGAACUCGUCAGAUACGUAAAUCUCAGGCAUUUAGAUUUAGAAGCAAACCAUCGCCUGACAUACAUAGAACCUGGAUCUUUUCGGUAUUUGACCAAAUUAGAACAACUGUCAUUAUCGUAUAACACAGCUCUACAGUUCAUCGAUAACAACACAUUUGAAGGCUUAGUAAACCUUCGGAGCUUAACUUUGAUCGGCAAUGGAUUCACUGAUCUCGAUCAGUUAACUUUUGCUUUCCAUCCGAUAUUGUUGCCGUCGUUAAGAGCUCUUAAUUUAGCUGAAAACACAUUCUCAGCCAUAAAAAAAUAUACCUUCUCACCGAUGAGAGGAACGAAUUUAACAAAGCUCUACAUAAACUUGUGCCGAUUGGAUGAUAUUCAUCCACUCAGUUUUUUACCUCUCAAGAAUUUGGAGGUUUUGCACGUCGGCGAAAACGAUUUGAAUUCAAGCCUUAUCGGAAAUUUCUUAAUUGAAAUGAUGGCACACAACAUAAGUUUGAAGAGUCUUGAUUUGUCCGGAAUGGGUUUCAGGAAACAACCCCCCAGACACUUGCUAGAAAUCAUAGCAAAUACUACCAUAAAGAGAUUGAGUUUAGCACAAAACCAAUUCGAAGUCAUCGAUGACGAUGCAUUCCCUCCGAUGGUGAACAUAGAAUUGUUAGAUUUAAGAAAAGUUAUGGCAAUGACUACUGGGCCGAAUGCCUUUGAACCCAUAAAAUUUCCAAAUCUGAAGGUAUUGCUCCUCGGAGGAAAUAAUUUACCAGGCAUACACAGUAAUCAUUUGUCAUCUCAACUCCUAUGUUUAGAUAUGUCCAACAAUAAAGGAAAUCUGGUGACUCCAGUUUAUUACGAAAUUGAUAGAGACACACUCAUUGGGUCAAGUGGGCUGAGAUACCUAAAUUUGGCUUUCAAUCGGAUCAAGUCCAUCUACAAUUACACCUUUAGAGGGUUGGAGAAAAUACGCAUAAUCAACUUAGAAAAUGGCACUAUAUUUUACAUUGGGCCUGGAACAUUUAAACCCACAAAACAUUUAGAAGUGCUCAAUUUAGCAAAUAAUCCUCUGAGUGUGAAUCAAAACAUUACAAGUGUGCAGUUUGAGGGAUUAACUGAACUGAAAUCCCUGAGUUUACAAAAUUGUGGCAUCAAAAAGUUUAAUGACGACGAUAAUAUUUUCGAAAUGAUGCCUAGUUUGACGAAAUUGAUCCUCAAGAACAAUCAACUUUACUAUAUCACUGCCGAAACUUUAAAACCUUUAAAAUUUCUUGAAAUUCUUGACUUGAGCGAAAAUCUAUUCAUAGCGUGGUGGAACCCUUUAUUUUUAGACGCAGGAGUAGCGCCACGACAACUUCUGCUGACUAACAAUAAAAUCUCACAUUUUUCUAUCAGUAUGAUUCAAGACAUUAGUUACAUAUUGGAAUCUAACGAAAAUUCUUCAGCAAUAAUCGACUUAAUGGCCAACGUGUUUGUUUGCGACUGCAUCUCUAUGUAUACGACGUACCUGUGGCUGCAAGUGAAUGGUUCCACAGCUGUGAAAACAUUCUUCGAGUCCUCCAACUUCCAGUGCAGUAGUCCUGAUAUUUGGGAGGAUCGAAAGGUGUCGCAAUAUUUGUCAUCAGUUAAAUCUAUGCAUUGUCCGGUAUAUCAUAAAAUCUCGAAAAUAAUGUUACUAGUUUGGACAAUACCAUCACUGAUUUUAAUUAUUGCAGUGUUAGUUGUUGUAGUAAUUGUCUACAAAUACAGGAUUUACAUAAGAUAUUGGUUAUUCCUAGCCAAGAUGGCAUUGGGUAGAACAUUUAUUAGGAAAUCUUUAAAGGCGGACAAUAAUUUAAAUAAAGGGUACAAAUAUGAUGCAUUUGUUUCUUAUUGCUUUGAUGAUAGAGACUUUAUUUUAGAAAUGAUAACGCAGUUGGAAACGAACCCGCCUUAUUUGAAACUUUGUGUGUCGGAGAGGGAUUUUGAAGUAGGUUCAUUUAUAUCAGAAGCAAUAGUAAGUUGUAUAAAUGAGAGUAAAUAUAUUUUGUUAGUGAUUAGUAAUAAUUUUGCCAAAUCGCAGUGGUGUCGUUGGGAGACUCAGCUUGCGGAAUAUCACCGGUUAUUCCUUGAAGACGGCACUACAUAUGACCCUUUAGUACUAGUCAGAAUAGGCGACGUAGACAAUAAAUAUUUGACCCCAACACUUAAAUAUUUACUGAAAACUAAAAUAUAUUUAACAUGGAAUGAAUACCAUACAGAAAAUUUUUGGAAGAAGUUAAGAACCGUGCUAGGUAAAAAAAGUAGUCAUUAA